GCUGCAGUCCCUGGCUCAGUAAUGCAGCAGCAGCCUGCUCUCCCCAUCCCAGGGAGUCUAUUGUAAGGGAGCAGCAGCCAGCAGCGGCACAAAGGGCGCCCUCCCCGAGCUCACCUCCCCUCACACCGCGCACCAUGAGCACCAACAUCAGGUACAAGAGCAAGCUGCUGAAGACAGGUGAGCUGCCAGCAGCGGGGUAUGAUGGUAUCAGAAGUGGUUUGACAUUGGGCACCCAUGAGGGGCGUCCCCAGUCCCUCUCUAUGGACCAAGAAAAGCAGUAUGUUGGGUUUGCCACACUACCCAAUCAAGUUCACCGAAAGUCUGUGAAGAAAGGGUUUGACUUUACACUCAUGGUGGCCGGAGAAUCCGGCCUUGGAAAAUCUACAUUAGUGAACAGUCUAUUUCUCACAGAUCUUUACAAGGACAGGAAGUUGCUAAAUGCAGAAGAGCGUAUUAGUCAAACAGUAGAGAUUUUAAAGCACACUGUGGAUAUAGAGGAGAAAGGAGUGAAACUGAAACUAACUAUAGUGGACACACCAGGCUUUGGCGAUGCUGUCAAUAAUAACGAAUGUUGGAAGGCCAUCACAGACUACAUAGACCAGCAAUUCGAGCAAUAUUUUCGGGAUGAGAGUGGACUGAAUCGGAAAAACAUUCAAGAUAACAGAGUUCAUUGCUGUUUGUACUUCAUCUCACCCUUUGGACAUGGUCUCCGGCCUGUGGAUGUGGCAUUUAUGAAAGCUCUGCACGAGAAGGUGAACAUUGUUCCCCUGAUUGCCAAGGCUGACUGUCUGAUUCCGGGUGAAAUACGCAAACUAAAGGAACGGAUCAGGGAGGAGACUGAGAAAUUUGGCAUCAAGGUCUAUCAGUUCCCCGAGUGUGACUCAGAUGAGGACGAUGAUUUCAAGCAACAGGACAGAGAGCUAAAGGAAAGUGCUCCUUUCGCAGUGAUUGGCAGUAAUACUGUAGUAGAAGCCAAAGGUCAGAGAGUACGAGGUCGUUUGUACCCAUGGGGCAUUGUGGAAGUGGAGAAUCAGUCACACUGUGACUUUGUGAAACUGAGGAACAUGCUGAUUCGCACACACAUGCACGACUUGAAGGAUGUUACAUGUGACGUGCACUAUGAAAAUUACCGAGCUCAGUGCAUCCAUCAGAUGACCAGGUAUGAAGAAAGACAGAACACUGCACAAAGCAAACUGACUCAGGACAACAGGAUAGAGAGUCCAAUUCCCAUUCUACCAUUGCCAACUCCUGACGCUGAGACAGAGAAACUGAUAAAAAUGAAGGAUGAAGAGCUUCGAAGGAUGCAGGAAAUGUUGCAAAAAAUGCAGCAACAGAUACAAGAGCAGUGAGCAGCCCGUCAUGACGGCACUUCCCCUCACGUUUCCCACACCCCAAGCCUAUCACCUCUAGGACCAGUACUGAGAAGGAUGUGAUGUCUACGGACUCAACGCUGUAUCUUAUUUAUUACUCUCAGCACCCGUCCAAUACGAACGCCUCCUUCUGUUGACUGACCUCUCCCAUUCCAUCGUGAUAUCACUGUUAUGGAGCCAAGCACUUCACAUUAAGGCUAAUCAAAUAUUUUAUUUUUUAUUUCUAUCAUUUGCCCUUCAUCCUAAAAAAAAAGGCUGUGAAAAACAAACAAACAAACCUGGAUAUGUAUAAAAAAUUUUGAAACAAGAAAGACACAGCCCACAGCCUUAUGGAAAAAAAUGUCCCAGAAACGAAUGCUUACUUUAAUUCAAGAGAACACAUCCUGUUUCUUCCACCAGGCUGUGUCCGUAAAGCAGAAGGUGCAUUUAUCGAGGGGUGGGGAAUGAAAUUUUGUUUUGUACCUAUAUGCUUGUCAUUGCUACAAGAAAAGCUUGUGUUAUUUUUUAUUUGUACAGUGUUGCAGUAUGUUGGACUCAGGACCUUUUUUUGUAUCAAUGUUUAUUCACAGUAACUGUUACUCAAUAAGUAACCCACUGAGGAAGGAGGAAGUCAUUGUGAAAGGGUGAACAGUGUAUUGGCAUAGAGUGUCCACUUCUAACACAGAAUCAAUAUGAAAAUGUGAUGUGAUGGAAAGCCAUUAUUAGACCACAGAUGGACAAUAGGUAAAUCCCCCAGCUGUUGUAGAACUACCUUGACAAAACAUCUAGGUAGUUAUUGCCACCCAUUCAGUAGACAUUUGUUCUCUCCAGCUGUAUAGUGUAGGGGAGUGAAUGGUGUGGAAAUGUGUUAGUGAAGCUAGGGUAAGCAUUCAGUUUAGGUAAUGAAUACACAUAAUGUAGGGAUAUUUCGCCGAAAAUAGGUGCACACAAGCUGUAGGUUGUAGAUCGGGGAAGCCCAAAAGGCCUACAACAUCCAUUAUCCAUUGCCAUUAUAAAGUCUGACAAAGCAUCUUGGACAACAUUUGAUCUGUCUUCUAGGCACCCCUGUUUUAGAUUAUGCGGAAUCAGGAUAAAUGGAUGGGGGAACACAAAAUUCCAGUGGAAAAAAAAACUAUGACGUUAUAAUUUUCUUUAAUUAAUGUGCAAGAAACAGUGCAAACGUAAAAAACUCUGCAUCAAUUUUAAAGCAUGAAAUUACAGUUGACCACAUUAAUAUUUGUGACGGGUACAAAAAAAAAGUCAGUGUGUUUGUUGCCUUUGAGCUUUUUUUCUAUGGUUACUCCAUCUCUCUAGCUAAGGUGAUAUUAAACCAUUAGCAAUUCUGUGUCGACAUGCACAAUGCAGUAAUUUAAUGCAAACCCCUGACAUAUAUGUGUCCUAUUAUACUAACAGUAACUUUUAGUACUGCAAAGAGGACCAAGCAUCCCCUCACUCUCCAGCUGAUGCAGACUGCUGACUGGAGUUUCAGAGGUUGACUGUCCAUUAUUACAGCCUUUGUAUAAUCUGUUUUAACAUGAUCUGAUGUUUACUUUUAGGCGUUUAUUCUCUAUACAAGUUGUGGUGAAUUGACAUGUUAUUUGCCAAACAGAUCAAACUAUCUGAGGUGGAAAAAUGUUUUAUUAUAGUUUUUUGGUACAUGGAAGAAGCAAUGGAGUCAACAUGACAAAAGAACAUUUUAGAGUGUCAUAAUAUGACAUCAGGAGGUUACAAGAGAAAUUGCCACAUUUUGUUAAACAUAUUUUUCAGCUCAGUACAGCUGUUUUGCAAAUGAACCUCUUAUUGCAAAUUGAAUGAGUUUAUCUACUGUUCAGUUAAUGUUUUCUUUUAGUUUGCGUAUUCAGCACUUUCCUUGAAAUACACUAUGUAUUCUAACCUGAUGUGAACCCCACUUUCAUAGAAGGGACCAAGCAUAUCAUUAUCAUUAGCUGCUGACCAUGUAAAUUGCAUUUAGCGAUUCUCUGGAGAUCAAUAUUUUUAUAGAAUCACUUUACCAUUUUGCGUCCCAUUACCAGAUGGCGUCCCAAGGUACUGCCAUUCUUGGCAAUAGAGGAAGAAUAAGGAAAAAUGUGAGAGCAGAGCAGAACAUAUACCUACCACCGUGCCCAUUUAAAUGUCAAGACAUUUGCAAUGUGCUAUACAUCGUGCAUUGUAAUAACAACCAGUGGUUAACCAACUUUGUGCCAUGAAGACUUGCAGCUCACAUUCUUCAACAUAUCACAAUUACAUGUGGACUGAGCGUAUUCUGUAGCUAUGUCCCUGAGCCUCUAGCCAUGCAAAAUUGUUAUAUAGUAAACCAAUCUUGAUAUAACUUAUAUCCAAUCUCAAUAUAUAUGUAUAUUCCAAGCUUUGUUACUUUGUGUCCACUGAACUUAUUACACAAAACACUGCUGUCUCCUUUGCCAUGUAUUGCAGUCUCUUUUUACGCAGUAAUAAAUCGCCGGUAUUGUUUGAAAUUUAAAAGCGGACCUGUCACCAUGGGAACAACAGGAAUAUUGCACAUGGUUCCGACACUUUUAGUCCCAUAAUUCCUCUGUAUACGUAAACACUGUAUUGUUUAAUUAAUACAUUUGAAAAUGCACCCAUACUAAGAAUAUCUCAUCCAGACUGUUCACUUUCAGAUAAUCACACACUGUUAUCAAAGUGCCACAAACACCACACAAAAUGUGGUGCCAUAGGCACGCCACAUGGACCACAAUUAAUUGUGUAAUGUCAAACCAUUACCAAUGGGUGUAAAGAUUUUCCACCUAUACAUAUCACAGUUACAAAGCUCAAUGUGAGCUACUUUCUACAAUGAGACACCUGUUCACUGCCUUCUGAUCUGUGCUUAGCCUCCUGAAUUCUGAUUGCAUCAAAACAGGAAUUACUGGAAGAUUGAAACGAAUCAUGCCAAAUCCCUGGUUGAGAUUUCAUUUACUAUUUAAGUGUAGAUUGAAACUGGUUCAGCAGCUAGACUUGCUAGAGGCUGAAUAGGUAAACUUUAACUUCAUCAUAGUCAAAUGACAACUUCACCUUCAACCUCAACUUAUAGACAAUUUGAAAAUAAAGGGGUUAAGCAGACCCACUGCCUGUUAAUCCUGUGCCUAUGUCGCCUUACAAAUAAAGUGCAACCCUUUGUCCAACAGUAACCCACCUCCUACAGUGCAUAACUGACCCCUGAAUAUUUCUUAUAAUGAUUGUUGCUGUAAGUUAUGUUUACAACCUGAGAAUCCUAAUAAAUAUUUAAAAAUGA